GUGGACUUUGCUAACAGACUCCUCGGCGGAGGCGUUCUGCACAGCGGCUGCGUACAGGAGGAGAUCCUGCUCUGCAUCGCGCCCGAACUCCUGGUUGGUCGCCUCUUCCUUCAGGCCCUUCUGCCCCACGAGGCCGUCCUGAUUUUCGGCGCCGAGCGCUAUUCCAACUACACCGGGUACUCACGGAACUUUAAGUGGGCAGGUGAUUUUCGGGAGGCACAUUGCGGCACAGUUCGGGACAAGCAGGGCAGGUGGGAAAAGGUGGUAACCGUGAUUGACGCUGUCUGCUUCUCCGAUCCUGUGCUACAGUUUCAAGCCAGGUUCCUUCGACGGGAAUUGCGCAAGGUCAGUUUACUCUGCAUGCCAGAUGCUGCCGGUAGCUAUUGCGUCAAUAGGGACUACAGUUAA